AAAUUAUAAAAAAAAAAUUACAGGUUAUCUUGGGAUUUUCUAUUUACUGUUGAAUAAAAACAAAUAUCUUUAAUCAAUUUUCAUUAAAGCAACACAGUUAUAAUUAUUAUACAAAUGUAUUCAAAUAUCAUAUUGCCAAAACAAUGGUCAAGAUUCACUUGCUUUUGUCGAUCCUUGUCUUCUAUAGAAGGCCAGAAACUUCCACAAAGUAGUAAAUCUAGCGAUGGAAUAUCACCACCGCCGAGGAUUCCAAGAAGCCCUACUGAUAUAUUGCAAGCUUUAGCAGCGACAGUUGGAGCUGAUCCUACGGCUGCUCAUUACAAGUACCAUGAUGACCCUUAUUUAAUACCUUUAUCAAAUUUCCGCAAGCGAGCAUAUGCCCUCUCAGCAGAAGCCGGUCGCAAAGCUGCAGCUUGGAUCAGAGAUGAACAUGCUGAAUGGUUUACUACAAGAGAGUGGGACCCACCAGGCAAAAUGAAGACACCUUACUUCAAUGCUGACCCUAUAAUAGAUGCUUUUGCACCAAGACCAAUUUAUAAUGAUGAAAGCAAGGUGACUGAAGAGGAUUUAAAAAAAACUAUUGAACAUGCAUUGCUAGAUGAUUCUAUAAAAAUAUUUCAACUGCUCGGUGGAGUAGAAGGUGUAACAGAUAAUAAUUUAAAAUUAUCUUUUCUCCAACUGUUAUGUUUUUACAAUGAGAAAGAGCCAGAUUCUUUGGAGUGGCUAGAAGAGAGAUGGUUUUCUGCUAACACUAAAGACCGACAUGCUGCUACUUGGAAAUUAGGUGGUCUUGCUGAUAAAAUCUUUGCAUCACUGGAACAGAAAACACCAGAAGCAUAUUGUACUGUAAUUCAAGGAAUGGCAAAACAUUACCAGGCAGAGCGAGCUUACAUGUUAUGCCAGGAAGCUAUUGAACAUGGAAUACCACUGUCCACAAGUGUAUUUAACACUCUUUUGGGUUGUAUUGGAUUUUUAAAAGAAGGAACGGCAUUGCGUAUUGAAACAUUGAAACAGUUGCUUGCUCAAAUGGAAGAACUGGGUUUGUCACCUAAUGAGGAGACAUUAACAUCAUGCCUUCGUUCGAUCUCCGCAUGGGGUGGAGGCAAAGUCCUGCAAAAGAUGGCUCAGCAAAUUUUAUCAGAAUUCAGACAGUUGGGUAUCCAGCCUGGACUUUCAGCUUACUACUAUUUACUUUGUCUUUUCUGUAAAGAACGUGGUCCUCGUAUUGACAUAUUAUCAAACAUACUUACUGAUUUGGAGAAUAGAGAAAAAUUGAUUCCAAAAGAGACUACUGAUACAAAUUUCUUCAUAACAGCAAUGGGUAUAUGCAGUGAUCAUUUACAGGAUAUAGAUAUGGCUGAAAGAUUACAUGCAUUAUUGAUGAAAGACGAUAAUUAUAAAUUAGUUGGUGAUGCGUACAAAGAAAGUAUUUAUUACAGACACUUUGUCACUGUUGCAUGCAGACACGCAUCAUUCGAAAGAAAGACACAACUUUUAGACACAUUAGUACCCAAUGUUUACGUGCCUGAACCAUCCGUUAUGGAAGAGAUAAUAAAAACACUAGAAGUGGCCGGUGCAGGAGACAGGUUGACUCAAGCGUGGUCUCAGUUGGUCAUAUUUGGUAUAGCGAAUAGAACAAGACUCGUUGAAAGACUUCUCAGUGCUAUGUGCAGUUGCUACGAGUUUCAAACCAAUGAUAUAAAAGUUAAGAUAAGAGAUGCUGCAUCUGAGAUUCUUAAAUUUGGGAAACUCACUGAAGAAGAUGGAAAAAAUAAUAAUAAUGAUCGCAGAUCACCUCAGAAAAGAUUGUCCGCGGAUGCCAUAACAAAUAUAAUUGAGCUGUGCUCUGAUGUCAAAGACAAGUCAGAUCCGGCUUGGGACACAAUUUCUGAAGGAUUACAAAGACUAAAACAAACUGAAGCAACUGGUGUGCCAACCAAGCCUCAAGUACUAGCUGAUUUGGCACAGAAGGCUGCGUCUAUGGGAAAACUUGGAAUUGCAGCAACGGCUCUCCAAUACUUAGCGGAAUGUGGGUUCGAAGAGGCGUCGCCUGCUAGUGUUGACACCCUGGCGGUGAUAUUGAACCGGCCGCAGCAGGAGGUGGAGACGAUGCUGCAACAGCGCAGCGACAUAGAGCGGGCUCUACAUCCCUCCGCGCUCGCCGUCCUUGACGCCUACUAUAUGGCCAAGACUGGUGCUCCUACACGCGAUUCGGGGAGUUCCACGAGCUCGGAUAGUGACAGCGAGUCGUCGUCUGAUGAUGAGUAGAUACUGUAUUUGUAUAAAAAAAAUAUAUUAAAUAUUAGACUGAAACCU